AUGUUAUAUCUUAUAGUAACAGUUACUAAAAAUGUUAAAUGUUUCGGCAAGCAAUCUUAUUCAGAGUUAUAUAAAACAUUUACUUCUGGACAGUUUAAUAAUAAAGGUGCUAAGGUUUAUGUUCAUCAAAAUAAGACUGACAAAUGGGUAGAAGUAAGUGAUGGUUUAAAUAGUGAUCUUAAAAUUAUGAAAGUCUUAGAAUAUAAUUAUGUAAAUUUUUCGCUUCUUAUAGAAUCUAUGAGAGAUAUAAAUCCACCUAGUUUUCCUGAUGCAUUUGACAUUAUGAUAAGAAAUACACAACAACUAAAACUUUCACAGCACUGUAUUCAUCAAACUUUAGAAAAAGAAUUUGUAACACAUGUUGCAAAUGCUCUUUGGUACAUUGAUCCAUAUUUAAAAUUAUUACAAUCUCGUUCCUGUCAUAUGCCUUCAUUUUUUAAAGAAUUGGCAAUAUAUGCAAGUGAUAAUACUGAUAGAAAUACAUAUAACCUCGCAUAUUAUACUAGCCAUCACAAGAAAGAAUCCAUUUCACAUCAGAAGCUGAAUCUUUUAAUUGAAUCAUUAGAACUUUCUAUAGGUCAAUCUUGGGUAAAUAAUAGUGAAUGGAAUAAUACUAUUCCUGCUAUAAUUUCUUUAAUAGAAAUUAUGUGA